AUGAUCAUACCUGAUUUAAAUAGGUGGAGGACCCUUGGUUGUGCUGGUGUAGCUGCUGAAGUUGCUGAAACCAUUGGUGAUUGUGGAAGUGAAACGUUUAAUUACCAGGAGAUUACUCCAUUGAAGAAUAGUGAAAUGUAUAAAAUGAAUGAUGAGGAAUUCAAAUGCUUACCUGAUCCAAGUGAUGAAGUAACCCGAGAAAGCAAAGAUGCGCCAAUGCCUUCUGAAGUUAAGAAUGUUGCGAUGAAGGAAAGGACUAUUAGAAAUGGAAUGUUGACUAUCGGAAAACGUGAUGUCGAUCGAAUACAUCAUAAACAUGUGAGGCCUAAAUUUGUGUCUA